CUCCUGCCGGCGUCCAACUACCCAGAGUCUCGAGUCCUCAUUAUCAUGACGGGCGGAACCAUCUGCAUGCAGCCAACCGCCGAUGGACUUCAACCCAUUGGAGGCUUCCUAAAGGAUGCCAUGGCCCCGCGGCCCUCGUUCAACGACAAGUCAUCCCCUCCUGAUUUUGCCUGGUCUUCAUGUUGAUAACGCUGGCCCAAUCCGAUGAAGAGUUCCUAAUUCCUAGAAUUGUUCAUGAACAUAACUACCCAGCCCUGGCUAGACUGAAGCACUAUUUGGCAAAAUAAGUAGUAUCUGUAAUGAGUCUCACUGACAAUGCGUAGUCCAACUUGAGGCCGUCAAAAAUGGGGAAAGGAUCAUGAUUGACAGCUUGAGAACACCGCCGAGCGCCUACUCCCGUCACAUUCGCUACGGCGUGCUGGAGUUCAACCCUUUGCUGGACUCUAGCUCCAUCUCAGCGGAAGGCUGGACGGAAAUCGCCCAGACCAUCAGGGAAAACUACCGUCUCUUUGACGGAUUUGUCGUCUUGCACGGGACCGACUCUCUUUCGUACACGGCCUCGGCUCUGUCCUUCAUGCUUUCUGACCUGGGUAAGCCGGUCAUCCUCACCGGUUCCCAGGCCUCCAUCUUUGCCCUUCAGUCCGAUGCCGUCGACAACCUCCUCGGUUCGCUCAUCAUCGCAGGAACCUUUGUCAUCCCUGAAGUCGGCCUAUUCUUCCACCACAAGCUGUUCCGCGGCAACAGAACCAGCAAGGUCUCAUCUGCCGCUUUUGAGGCCUUUGCCAGCCCCAACUGCGAGCCCCUGGCCAAGGUGAACGGGCUUGGUAUUGAUGUGAACUGGCCCAUUGUGUUGAGGCCCACUAGAAUCGCCGAGCUCCAGGUCACGAAGCACCUAGAUACAGCUCACGUUGCCUGUCUUCGAGUGUUCCCUGGCAUCAGGCCAGAGAUGCUCGACUCGGUCCUGCGUGUCCCCGACCUGCGCGGCCUCAUUCUCGAGACCUUUGGCAUGGGUAACGCCCCCAGUGGUAUCGACGGCAGCUUGACCAAGGUCAUCAAGGCCGCCGUGGACCGCGGUGUCAUUGUCGUCAACGUCAGUCAGUGCAUGAGCGGCUUCGUCUCCCCCGUCUACGGCCCCGGAACGGAACUCGGCCGCGCCGGCGUCAUCUUCGGUCUCGAUCUCACAGCCGAGGCUGCCCUAACCAAGCUAUCCUACCUACUCGCGAUCCCCAGCCUUUCCACCGCCCAGGUCAGCGCGAGAAUGUCGCAGUCGCUGCGGGGCGAAAUGACCGAAAUGGCUCUUCCGGUAUUUUCGCAUCCAUCUGGUUCACUCGACUCGGUCGUAGCGCGACUAACCGCGUCAGAAUCGGCAUUUACCGUCCUCGGUUACGCCAUACGAAACGGCGAUGUCCGGACGGUGAAGGAGAUCCUGGACAACGACGCCCAGCACGAGCUCCUCAAGGCCGCCGACUACGCGGGCAACACGACUGUCCACCUGGCCGCCGUCGGGCCCAACAUUGAGAUCUUGCGCGAAGUGCUGACGAGGGGCGCCAGCGUGCACUCGAGGAAUUUGGCCAACAACACGCCGCUCUACCUCGCCGAGAAGAUGGGCAAGGAGAAGUGCGUGCAGUUGCUGAAGGAGACGGGCGCUCACUUGUGGCAGGAAGAGGAGGCUAUUUUGGAUUCUGUUCACGCAUCUGCAUCCGGAGGAGUUCAAAAGUAGGAAAACUAGAAAAGUCUUGUGUUUUGGUUUUGUGUCGCAUGUACGCAGGCGUUUCUUGGGGUCAGUGUUGUUUAGAUGUCAUAUCUCAACGAUAAUGAAGCAAACUAGUGAUGAUCUAAUGAGGAGAAAAUUGCUUGUGGUAUCGGA